AUGACAGAGAACGAGCCCCCUGCCCUGGCCGUGCACGACGAUGGUCGAACGACAAAGAGAGGCCGUCUUAUGGGCAAGCUCUUUGGCCGAGAUCGCGAGCGAAAGACGACCCGCGACGACGGAAACCUGGAUGACUUUCUGCAUGGAUCUAAUUCAUCUACCGACAAGUUGCAAGUUAAGCACUCGAACCCACCGGUUCUCACCAAGAUCGACACGAAGACUGCCACCCGGUACCCGAAUGCGCUUGACAUCAGCGCGGGCAAGGAGCCCAAGACACAAGAACACGUUGUGCGCCCUCGCGAACCGGCAAGGAGACCCAAGAAGGCGCUGCCCGUGAGGUUUGUCGACACAUACCCUGAAAUCAUUGGCGAUGGCGGAGACGAAUGCGAGAUUCCUACGCUUGAAAUUUCGAAACGCAAGAAACAAAGACCCUUAACCAGCCCAGCCAUGGCACCCAGUCGACCUGCCGAUUCCGGUGCCAGCUCCCAACACGCAUACUUGGACGCGCAGGCGAGCACGGCACCGUUCAGCCCGGGGCUGCGGCGCAGCCAGACUGGUUCGUCUGCCACUGGUGUUGACGCCCAGGAAUCGGGCUCGUCCUUGGGGACUGGCACAGCACGCCGGUUUCUGGGAACUCCAACUGCUGCCCAAGACGAGAGACGAAGAUCGAUCAUCGAGAUACAGCAGGCUCAGAUGCGCGAGGCUGAAGGACGAGCCUUCGCAGAAGCUGUCCGGGCGGCCUCGGGAGACCAGGUUCAAGAGCACAGGCCGGGGGAUGUCUCGCCCCCUUCGCCUGAUCAGGAUAUUGAGUCGCCUAUUACCGCCUCGCCAGACUCGACGCAGCUGCCGCCGCUUCAGUCAGUCUCCCAAUUCGAAAAGCCUCCCCAGCUGCCGCCGCUUCAACUAGUCUCCCAAUCCGAAAUGCCUCCCCCUAUCCCUGCCAGGGCGCCCAGACCACAGUUACCUCAGAUCCCGCCGGGUUCCCAAGAAGUGCGGAACACACCACCAUCCCAGGAUUCCUACACCUCGACCAGCCUGUCGUCCAACUCACUCGAGCAGUCGAAGAGGGCCCAGAGAGUCGAGAACAGCCCCGCAUCCCUAUACUCGGCUGCUUCCACCUUCCGGCAUCCAUUCGCGGCGUCAAGGCAAGGAAGCAAGAUGUCAGUGAAGGACUCUGCGUCGCCUUCUCAGCAGCUGGGCGCCAUGGGUUUUCAUGAUGUCGUAGCAGCUGCUUCAGAGGACGCUCUCAACACGUUUGUGGCACGCACGCGCCAUUUGUUUGAGCUAUUUCGGCUUCAUGCUGAGAGCGUACGGCCGCUGGUCUCUUCCACACCCCACGACCUUGCGCGGGCUGCCGUCUGGUGGUUUCUGACCGGCCGGACGGCAUUGGAGGUUGCCAUCAGAGAUCGCCCUUCCACUCCCGAGUCGCUAAGGAGUAACGAAAUGGCGAAGCAGCAGGCACACGCUGACCUGGCCAAAGCCUAUUGGCUCCUAGAAGAAGCGAUGCCUGAAGUGGUCGGCAGCGGACGGAGUGCGGUUGACAAGGAGGCAGAGACUGUGCGGAACACGCUCCUUUCCAGCCUGCGAAAGUUAGCAGUGUCGAUGAAGCGGAACGGCUUCCUGCCUCCAGAAGAGGCAUUCCUUCCUCAGACAGUCAACAGGACUAUCUGGCUCGAUUACCCCCCGCUAUCUCAAGACAUCAAGUCUCUGCUCUGGGGUUCGAGUUCUGCUCUUGCCCAGAGCCACGCCACUCCUGCCCUAACCAUACUCGAGUCACUACCGCUAGGCGAUUCUUCAACCACUUUCUGCUUUGCCAGGUUUCACGUUGACGUGUUCCUGAUGGAACAGGGGAGGGAGUCGCAACAGCUAUUUCUCCCGUGCUUUUUGACCUGCACCAGACCCCAGGCACAGCCAGACAUCAUCUUUGUUCUCGCCAGCCAGAACGGAGCGGUGCAACUUCAGAUCUCUGGAAAUAAGAACACCGGCCCCGUCUGGGAAGACUUGCGCUGGCGCUCAGAUACCUGCAACCUCGAAGUCAGAAUGCCUCGGGGCUUCAUGCUGCUCAUCCAGUGCACGCAGCAGUCAUAUAACACGCUGUGCAGCAUGUAUGAAUUCAGCGCAAAGGUUCACUCUAGUCUCUACCCGCGGCAAGACGAGAGCUGCAUAUUCCGGUCCACCCUCCGAGCCUUUCAGUAUUUUGACAAUGACCCGCAAUCGAGGCAAUUUCCCAAGGAAUCGACGCCCAACUGCGAAGUCGCCCUGUUUGAGCGUCUCUUGAGAGAGGGGGCGGCGACAGGCCCUCGCACGUACCACAAGGGGUACCGCGUUGCGGUUGUCACGGGGCCCCGGAUCAAGACAUUGAGUGGUGUUAACCAGUUGUACCUCCCUCAGACGCCCAUCCAGUUCGGGUUUUUGCGCAGCGAGGCCAAUGAUCCUGCCUUAUCGCUGAAAUUUGACAACGGGCGGUACAAGGGGAACAUGGUGUUGUCGUUCGCCGACGAAACGGAAAGGCUACGGAUGCACAGCCUGCUGAUUGGGACCGCCCUCGAUCGUGGCGAGAGCAUCUCUGGUGAGAUUCCCUUACAAGGCGCCUGGUUCUCAGAGAGGUAUGGUGACGCCCGUGACAAGGGCCUCCAAGUUCUGUCCACCUUGGCAUGGAAUAAAGCCAGGGUGAUUAACUACGACAACGACGGCGACAAACCAUCAUGCGUCCUCGCCGACCGACUGCGGGUCGUCUACGAGUUCAAAGACGGCACCUUCACCGACCGCAUCAACGUCGCGCCGGGAGAAUUCAAGCUCCGUCUGGACGUCCAGAACCCCAGCUGCAUGAUGAUCUUCCGCCAGCCCCAAACCGACGUCACCCUCGCUGUCAACGAAGCCAAUGCUUCCCGCGGCCUCUCGGCGGGCCUCGCCCAGGCGUUGGAGAGCCUGAAACAAUCCGCUACUAUCCGCACCUUCAUGUUUCCCAGCCUCGCGGAACUCCACGCUUUCGAAACCGCCAUCACCGGAUUCAAGGUGCUGUUUGACGGCGUGGCCUCGGCAUUCGCCAUCUCGCGCCGCCGCAUGGUAGUGCCGAUCCACAAGAAGUGGGAGGCGGGCGCGACGAGGAUACAGGUGGUGCAGCAGGACGGCGUGGCGCAGCUGCUGGCCUUCUUUGAGGACUUUAGCCACGGGCAGUGCAUGGGCUUCCACCUCAAGGGGACCGACGUGUUCGAGUCGUUCAGCCGGGGCGGCAAGGCCGGGCUCAAGAUCGACGACGCCAAGUUCCCGCUGCCGCGGGUGCUCGCCGCGGAUGCGGACGGCGCGCAGCAGGCGGCCGAGGCGGCUUUCCUGUGCUUGGAUCUGCCGGAGCUGCCGGGGGAGCACGAUGACAUUUCCAUAUUGUUUGAUAACGAGGCGGAACGUGAUAAACUUAUAGCCUGCCUCCCGGCGCCGGUCAAGGGACACCGGCUGCCAAAGAUCAAGGGGAUUACAUGA